AUACUGAGCGAUCUCAUGAUGCCGCCGAGUACCACAGUUCCCAGUCUUCAAGAUAUGUGGAAAGCAGGAAAGCAAGUGAUCGCAUUCAUGACUACAAAUGAGUUUUCCGGGGACUCGAACGAGCUAUUCUGGCCAGAAACUCGGAUUAUUUCACAUUGGGCCAAUACAACAAAAGCUGAAGAGCUCAUCUGCUUCCUAAACAAGACCUCAGAGUAA